AUGCGCCGACGGCCCAAUACCGAUCUAUCGACCAUAGAAGGACCACCUGCUGGAUUCGUUGACCCGGGGGGUAAUGCUUCGACUGCUUUUGACAUGCAGGAUGUGUCUUCAUUGGAGGGACCCCCGACCGUUCAUCGAGCUUCCACUGAACCUCUUGGUCGGGUUUUGAGCGAGUAUACUUCGGAGCCACGCGAAUCAUCAGAACAUCGAGCGUCGGAGCAGCGACCUUCAGGGAGAAACAGAUUGUCGGAAGAAAAUCGAGCAUCAGAGCAACAUGAACCGCUACGGAUCGAACAGUCAGAGCCAUAUGCGUCGUCAGAGCAGGAUGAGCCUCUGGAACUAGACGAAUAUAAUUACCAAACGUUCUUGCUCGCACCUCCCAGGAUUGAUUCUGCAAUCAUCGAUCAAAGCUCGUUUGCGCAUUCAUCCGACUUCCGGAUCGAUUAUUCAGAUGCCUCACAACUUGCACCGCCACCGGUGGUUCGUCGAAGGAGGAGCGUCGCUCCAAGAGAGAUAAUCGAUUUUUCGUCACUAGACGGCCCGUCCCUCCUCGAGCCCUCGGUCAUUAUCGAUCCAGGGCCCUCGUCACCUUCAGUUCACAGAAUAUCGCCGAGUCCACAGUCUGACGCCCAUUGGUACAUUCUUUCGAAACCACUCCCACCGAGACCGAGAUCCGCAGACUCCUCGCUUCGAGUUCGGAGGAGGAUGUCAGAUGUGUAUGCGACAUCGUCUCUCGCACGCAGCAGUCUCCGUAGCAGCCUUCCUAGCUACGAUUGCACUCUCCAGGUGGCAUCCUCGAGCGCCUUGCAGCGAGCCCAAGAUGACGAGGAGAAACCAUUAAGCCCAGACGAGCUGCUCAUCGAAGAAUAUUUACGAGAUGGACUUACUCGACCGCCCCCAUACUCCAACCCUACCUCGAUUAGAAGAUCUCGUUCUCUUGACCCCGUGGUGUUCCUUGAAGACGAAGGGCUGUGGGAGGUUCCUCAGCGGUGGCCAUCGCGCAAUCCACCACAGCGGAGGACCUUGGCUCAGCAAUGCGAUCCAAUUCAACCAUUCAAUCCGCCCCUACAAGGCAAUUUAGCCCAGCAACGGAAUCCAGCUGAGCGCCAACCUGCUCCGAUGCUGAAGGCUCCUACAGAUCCACCUGCGCCACAGCCGCGACUACGGCCCGGCCGAUAUUACAACGGCCGGUCAGACUACGAAGACCGCAAGUCUUCGGCCAAACAUGACGAUGGCCACCACUUUACCAUCCGGAUGGAGAAAGUGUUACCAUCGAGCUGGCGCCGCGCGCGCAACUUGUCGGGAGGAUGA